CAUGAAAAAUCAUCAGAGACUUUUAUGAAUUGAUUUUGAGAGUGAAUUAUAAGAGAUUAUGAGAGUAUUUCAAGAUUAUCCAACUGCUCGGAUUCAAUUUUUGGUAUAUGGGAUGGAUUGGUUAGAUUCAAGGUAGAUGAAGAAUCAAGGAAGAAGAUGAUGGCAUAUUGGACAUUUCAUAAUUUCCUUUAGCAAAUUUUGAAUUUUUCCCAAUUAAUUGGGUGCAUCUGCAUGUUUUCACAAAGCACAGGGGUGCAUCCACACCAAAUUAAUCCUAAGGGCGUGUAGCCACACGUGGUCCAAACCACGAGGGUAGGACUUUGCCAAAAAAAAAUUUGCAAAACCUGCCACAAGAUCCGCAUUUUGUGGAGUAGACCAAAUUGUCUUUAUCAUUACAAUAAAUUAAGCUUAUCGCCCAAUCAAAGUUUACAACCUCACAACAAUUUGGGACUGCAGAUGAUGCGUUUCCUUGUUGAAACAUAUAUGUGCAGUAGAUUAAUUGCAUUUACUCGUCAACUUUGUUCUAGGAUAUUGAUUUCAACCUACGAAUUUGCAGUGCAAGAAGUGAUAUACGAACUCAUUUCAAAGAAGCAACAGGAGGGAUACUGCAGAUGGAAGUACUGAAGAAUGGUGAUAAACCUCAUGUGGUUUGCAUACCAUCCCCUUUCCAGAGCCACAUAAAAGCUAUGUUAAAACUAGCUAAGCUUCUCCACCAUACGGGUUUCCACAUAACCUUUGUCAACACAGAGUACAACCACAAACGCUAUCUCAAAGCUAGAGGACCCAAUUCUCUUGACGGUUUUCCAGAUUUCCAGUUCAAAACGAUUCCAGACGGGCUUCCUCCUUCGGACAGUGCUGAAUCCUCUCAAUGCGUACUUUCUUUAUGUGAAACCAUUAGAAAGAACAUGCUAUCGCCGUUUCUGAACCUUGUUGCCAUGUUGAAUGACAAAAGUGCAGCUGCCUCAUCAUCUGGUGUGGCGCCUCCGGUUACUUUUAUUGUAUCAGAUGGAUUUAUGAGUUUUACUAUCACAGCUGGUGAAGAGCUAGGUAUCCCUGUCGUAAUGUUCUUCACUCUGUCUGCCAGUGGUUUCAUGGGCUUUUAUCAGUUUCAUGCUCUAAUGGAAAAAGGCCUUACUCCAUUGAAAGAUGCAAGCUAUUUAACAAAUGGGUACUUGGAUAAUGUCAUAGAUUGGAUUCCUGGAAUGAAAGAUAUUCGUUUGAAAGAUCUGCCAAGCUAUAUUCAAACUACAAAUCCUGAUGACAUCGCUUUAAAUUUUUGUAUGGAAGCAACUCAGAGGGCUUUAAGAGCUUCAGCAAUCAUUCUCCACACUUUUGAUGCGUUGGAGCAGGAUCUAUUGAACGCUUUAACGCCCAUCUUCCCAUUUGUCUAUUCAAUAGGCCCACUUCAAUUACUUUUGGAUCACUUUUCAAAGAAGAAUGAGUCGGAGUCCAUCGGAUACAAUCUAUGGAAAGAAGAUACUGAGUGUCUCAAAUGGCUUGAUUCCAAGGAACCAGGAUCUGUAAUUUAUGUGAAUUUUGGUAGCAUAGCGUCAAUGACCCAGAAACAACUGGAAGAGCUUGGUUGGGGACUUGUGAAUAGCCACCACGACUUUUUGUGGGUAGCUAGACCUGAUUUGGUAAUGGGUGAUGAAUCCAACUCUGUACUUUGGUCGCCUGAAUUGGCUGCGGAAAUCGAAGGAAGAGGUGUAAUAGUAGCGUGGUGCCCGCAAGAGGAUGUCCUGAACCAUUGGUCGGUCGGGGGGUUUGUGACUCACUGUGGGUGGAAUUCGAUUAUUGAGAGCUUGUCGGCAGGAGUGCCGAUGAUCUGUUUGCCCUUUUUCGGUGAUCAACAAACGAAUUGCAGAUAUGCCUGUAGUGAAUGGGAGGUUGGGUUAGAGAUUGGUGGCAAUGUGAAGAGAGAUGAAGUGGAGAAAGUUGUUAGCGAGGUAAUGGGAGGAGAGAAGGGGAAGAAAAUGAAGAGCAAGGCUAUGGAGUGGAGGGAACUGGCACAGAAGGCUACUGGUUCGGAUGGGUCAUCGACUGAAAAUUUGAGCAACUUGGUCAAGAAAUUGUUACUCCAAUCUGGGAAUUUCAAAAGCAUCCAAUAUGGUAGUGUAUCAGUAUUCCAAAAUUUGGAGGAAAUAUUAAUAUAGAGAUUAAAUUAUGUUAUGUCCACCCCAGGUGGGAAUCCCACCAUUUCCGUUACCCCAAUUUGCGGGGCCCAUCCUACGAUUAUUGCAGUAAUUUGAGUCGUUCAUGUUGUACGAUCCGCCGAGUAAUAUAUUCACGUGAAGAAUCAGUUUGAUUGAA